UGCAUUCAGAAGAAACGAGCCAAAUGAAAGGUUGAGCCUUUCACCCCCUCCAAACCUCCAGAAAAUAGAAUAGAAAGCUUUUGGAAAGUGACAAGGAAUCGGAGGCCAUUCCAGGGAAACCUACAAAAGAUCAGCAGUAUCAGUGAAGCUGUUGCCGGGUGAUAUACCAGUGCUUAUUCCCACCCUUUAUCUUGCCUCUCUUCUAAUUUAAAUCUGCCCCCAAGGGAGAGAGGUGGUGAGAGGAGUUUUGCCUUUGCCUUGGCUUGGCCUCCCCUCCAUCGCUGCAUUACAUCCGAGGGCACUCCAUCUCUUGCGUCCCUUAACCCCCUCCCCCAAUCCAACCCAAUCCCCUCCGUGCCUUAACCCCGCCCCGAAUCCAGCCUUCGAAGCUUCCUCUUCCUCCCGGGGCUCUGUUCUUGGUACUUAGGACAAGGUAAAGAUUUGUUUUUUUCCAUCAUCUGGUUCUUGUUGUUGUCUGGUUCUUUCCCGGUCUUCCCCCUGUUCUCUUCUUCCUGGGUCUGAUGGGUGACCAUCUCGCGUUGCUCGUGGACCGGCUGCUGACGGAGUCGACGCUGGAGGCGGCGAUCGGCGGCGGGAAGCAGAUGGUCGAUCUGCAUCCGGAGGCGGUGGCCGUCGAGUACUGCCAUCGCGCCGUAGGCGGCGGCGGUGGCGGCUCGGCGAGCAAGGUGGUGGAGUGCAGGAUUUGUCAGGAGGAGGACUGGGACUCCAGCAUGGAGGCUCCCUGCGCCUGCUGUGGCAGCCUCAAGUAUGCACACCGGAAAUGCAUUCAGCGUUGGUGCAACGAGAAGGGUGACACCAUCUGCGAGAUAUGUCUGCAGCAAUUCAGGCCAGGAUAUACUGCCCCACAACAGCUCUUUCACUAUGGAAGUAUACCAAUGAACUUCAGAGGGAACUGGGAGAUUGCCCGUCAAGAUCUCGAUGAUGCGCAGAUAAUAACAAUGGUGCCAACAGAGCGUGAUUUCAUGGACAGUUAUGAGGACUACUUGCCCAUCAGGACGAGAAGCAGCACGCUGUGUUGCCGGACAGUCGCCAUAAUUUUCGUGGCACUCCUAGUCCUUCGUCACACUCUUCCUCUCAUGAUCGGUGCAAAUGGGGAGUAUUCGUUGACCAUGUUCUCACUUCUGGUGCUGAGGACUGCGGGAAUCCUAUUCCCAAUCCUGGUGAUGGUCAGAGCAAUGGCAGGCUUCCACCGUCGACGGUGGCUGCAGGAAAGCCGGGAAACAUAUACAUCUUCAUCAGAAAGCGAGGAGGAAGACGAAGAGGAAGAAGAGGAUGAUGCAGUUACCAAUUCUGCAGCACCAAAUUACUCGCAACCACGCCUCAUACCAGUCUACUGACAUGACCAUGAACAUGCCUUCCGACCUCCAAUCUGACAGGAAGUUCCAGCACCUGUGUGUAGCUGACUGAAGCAAGGAUGAUCACAAGAAAAAAAUCUACAAAAUGAGUAUAUGAUGACAUAGUAAGAUAGCCUGAAGCCACUCGCUUCUAUGCGCAUAGAAGAGAACGUAGUGGCCCUGUUACUUCUGUACAUAUGAGAAAGUAGCAGACUAACUGCAGCAAGUUCAGCCUACCCUUGUGUACUGAAGAUAAUUUGGUGCCAAAAAUACUUGCAAAUGGAAGGAAAUGUUCAGUUUCUGAAUUCACCUAUUGCUGGCUUA